AUAUUAAUAAAUUUUGCAUAAUAAAUAACAUUUUAACGUUUUGCGAUAAUAAUCUGCCUUUGUUAUCAAAAUAAAUCGAUUUUUUUUGCGUUAAAAGGUCUUUUUGAUGGUACGGAAGAAGUUGGAGCACUCAAAUAUUUUAAUUAAUAACUAAUAAAACCUAUGACAUAAAUCACAUUUUAGUGCGCAUGUAUAAUCCAUACAGUCAGCAACAUGGUUGCGUCAGUAAUGGCAAUGUUAAUGACAUGUGCCCAUAUUUACAUGAAAUAUUUUGUGACUAUAUAUAUGUAUGUAUGUAUGUAUAUUCAACUAAUGUUGCAUAAUUACAUAAAAAAUUUAAUAUAAAAAAACUUUUGGCCGGAUAUUUGCCGAAUAUUAAUAACAAUAUCCCGCUAUCCGACCAGAUAGUGAGAAAAGGGCCGGAUAUCGGAUACUUAUUGGAAAUCAAGCACAUUUUUACUUUUUUCUAGUAACAUUGUUGUUAUUCUUUUUAAUAAAAUUAGUUAUAUAUAUAUAUAUGUAUACCGGAUACUUACCGGAUAUCCAGCACAUCCUUACUUUUUUCUAGUAACGUUGUUAUUUUUUAAAAUAAAAUUAGUUAUAUAUAUAUAGAUACAUAUAUAGAUGUAUACAUUAAAUAUAUAUACAAUGAUUUAUGGAGUAAUUCAAAGCGAUACUUAUUAUGCAUCAUUUAUCUCUUAGUUUAUUAGAUUUAAAAUUCAUAUCUAAUGUUAACUGAAGUAACAAAUACCAUUAAACAGCGUUUCACAUAUUCCUAUAAUAAGAGUAUUAAGUGCAAAAAUUAUACAUAUAAGCUAUUCUUUAAGAUGCAAAUUGAACAUAAUCAUGUGAACAUCACAAUUUUUUUUACAAAUUUACAUAUAAUUUACAUAUAAAUAGUAUAAUUAUACAUAAUAUAUAUGUACAUAAAUAUACAAACACUUCGCAUACACAACAGAUAAUAAUUACAUGUUCAAAUAUUAUUACACUAACAUUUUAAUAUAUUCAAAUUACAGUCUAUUUUUUUGAGGAUAUUUAAUUGUAAUUGGUCAAUUUUCCACGGCUUAAAGUUUAAAUCUUUAUUGUAGACAAUGCUAUACACAAAUUGUGUGAAAAAGAUACUGGCAUAUAAAUAUACAGGAAGUGCUACACAUGCGAAUAGUUGUUCGUAACGAUUUGUAUCGGUAGUACUAUUAGUGCUGUUUAGUCGAUAAUAAAAAAGGUUAACAAAGAAAUCCUAAAACGAGAUUUUCAAACAAUUUUACCAUGGAAUACUGGUCGGUAUUUCUAUCAAUAGUGAUCGGUGCAUUCAGCAUUUUUUAUUUUUUUAGAAAAUUUAAUUUUUUUAAAAGAAAUGGUCUUAUACACGUACCGCCUGUUCCAAUAUUUGGUUCCAUGACAUCGUUCACACUUGGUCGCGCAUCAUUCGUUGAUUUUUCUCAGAAGAUAUACAAUUUCAAUCCUGACGCAAAGUAUUGUGGAUUCUACGCUGCGACAAGUCCAAUGUUUUUGCUUCGCGAUCCGGACCUCAUUAAGUCCAUACUUGUCAAGAAUUUCGAAGCAUUUCCAAACCGAAAAGGUUUCUCUGACGUAAAUGAUCUUUUACUUACAAAAAAUUUAUUGUCUCUUCGUGGGGAAAAGUGGCGAAAUGUGAGAGCCCUAUUGAGUCCAUUCUUCACGUCUAGCAAGACAAAAAUGAUGUUCACAUUGAUGUCGGAAUGUGCCAAGGAUUUUGGUAAAUUUCUAUCGACAUUGUCGGAAGAUAAAUGUAAAAUGAACAUGAAAGACGCUUUCUCUAAAUAUACGAACGACGUCAUCGCUACAUGUGCCUAUGGAAUCAAAAUCAACUCUAUGAAAGAUCCGACAAAUAAGUUCUACGUUUACGGUAAGAAAUCGACUGACUUCUCAGGGAGCACUGUCUUCAAGUUCUUUUUUCUUAGAACUUUUCCGACUCUUGGAAAAAUUUUCAAGAUAAAGCUUAUCAACGAUUACAUAUCAAACUUUUUUAAGGAUAUUGUAGAGACUACAAUUGCUACUCGUGACGCAGAGCACAUUACACACCCGAAUGUGCUGCAGUUCAUGAUGGAUAGCAGAGGCAAGGAAGGUAGUAGAGAAAUGGACAUCGACGAAAUGAGUGCGCAAGCUUUUGCUUUUUUUAUCGGUGGCUUCAAUACUAGUUCGACUAUGUCCUUUGCCGCUCACGAGAUCGCAGCUAACCCAGAAGUUCAAGUCAAAUUGCAGCAAGAGAUCGACAAGGUUUUGGAGGAGUCAAACGGAGAAGUGUCCUACGAAUCCAUUAACCGGCUCGAGUAUUUAGAUGCAGUAAUAAGCGAGGCCCUCAGAUUAUAUCCGUCUAUCCCCUUCACAGAAAGAAUAUGCGAAAAGUCUUAUGAGUUACCACCUGCAUUGCCAGGCGAGAAAUCAUUCGUCGUGAAGAAGGAUAUGAUUUUUUGUAUUCCAAUUUACGGGAUACAUCAUGAUAACAAGUACUACGAUAAUCCAGACAAAUUUUAUCCAGAAAGAUUUUUAAACAACAAAAUUCAUCUUAAUUGCUCGUAUUACAUGCCAUUUGGAUUAGGACCAAGAAUGUGCAUAGCUAGCAAGUUUGCUAUACUGCAAGUCAAAGUUGUGCUGUUUUAUUUACUAGCGCAUUGUAAUCUGAAACCUUGCGCGAAAACUCCGUCUCCAUUGAAAUUUGCCAAAAAUCUGUCUUUGAUGCCGAAGAAUGGAUUCUGGUUGAACAUUCAACGUAGAAAAGAUGUGCAUCCUGCGUUGAAGUCUGCAAUAAAUUGCUAAGUUUCAAAAAACAUUUUUGAUUGUAAUAACAUAAUAUUACGUUUAUAAUAAAAAUCAUCUUUUUGAUAAAAAUUGUCACACAAUUUGUUUUGUGAUUAUAAAUAUUAGAGCAUUAGAUCUAUAAUAAAAUAUUCUAUUUGUUAAAUUUAUUUGUUGCAAAUAUUAAUUAUUAAUUGUUGUUAUUAGAAGUAUUAAGAACAAACAACGUGAACAAAGUUUUUCGCUUGUGCAGGUGAACGCAGUCGCCUUUGGCUCGUGCGACCAUUUUUCGCAAUUAAGAGCAAUAUCCGGAAUCACCGCACUAGUUGCACAAUAUACUAUUAUCCCAUUUUGUAUAUUGAUUACAUUGAUUAGGAGAAAAAUAAUAAAAAUAGAGCGUAUAGAAUCGGAUUUGAUCAUACUUUUGGAAAUACUAGAAGUCCAUUUUACCUUUAGGAAGUUAAAUGAUAGCGUAACAAUUAUUAAUUUAUAUAAAGUUUAUAUUACACAACUUUGGAGAUAAUAAAUUCUUACAAUUUUAAAUUCUUACAAAAUUAUAUGUAAUAUCUUUAUCUGUGUUUAAUAGUUAUUUAUAUUUUCUUAUUACUUUUAAUUUUACACAAUUAUUAAUUGUCGUUAUAACUAAUUUAUUUUUUGUUAUACAUGUGUCGAAAUUAGAUAGACUAGGACUAGAGGACUGUAGACUGCGUUAUAUCUUAUAACUUGUAUUUUUUUCAAUCCUAAUGUGAGUAAAGGUUUCUGCAUAAUAUCAAGUAGCAAAAAACCAGGAAAUAGAAAACAGGAAUUAUGAAUAAAAAAUUAUUGUUUUUGAUGUGCCUCUAAUGCACAAUAAUAGCAAUGAGUCAACGGUUCUUAUCGCCAUUUAUUCACACAUUAUUGUGUAUCGGAAACUCAUCAGGGGCAAUUAUUUUUAUUUAUAAUUUCUGUUUUUUGUUCUUACUAUCUGUUGCCUCGUAUUCUGCAAGGGCCUUAAGAAAAUCGAUGAAUAUCUAACAAAGUAUUUUAUUUGUGUUUGAACUGCAAAGAGUUACUUUAAUAUAUUAAAUCUUUUACGUGGGGUAGAAUUCACUAUCAAAUAUUAACACAAGGAGAAGAAAACACCUGUCCACAAACACGAUGGCACAAGCUACACUAAAUUGAGAAGAAUAUUUAAUGCAGUUAUUGCUUCUUUGAAGAACGCUUUAUGAGCAAUUACUCUAUUUAUCAUAAUCAAUGAAUACAACACAGAAACAAUGAGUCAGUCAUCAUAACGUUUGAAAUUGUUUGACCAUGGUAGCUAAGAAUCAAAAGCACAGCCUUGCUUUGACUUUACAAUAUCUAAAAGUUUGAAGCCUCGACACUAACACAUUAAAACUACAACUUUAUUUGAUAUUUUACAAGUUCUUUAUUAUUUUGGAUUAAUUUAUUUACGUUGCAAAACGAAUAUUGUUCUUUGAAUAUUUUUCAGUCUUCUUAUUUCUACUGCUUCGUAUAAAUUUCAACAAGUUGAAAUUAAUUAAGAAUUAUUCCCUUACGAAAAAACACCCUAAAUAACACCUCAAAAAACACCAAAAUAUAAUAGCGUAAUUUCGGAUAUCCAAAUGGCGUUCACACCAUUUGAGUGUUAACGCCAAGAAAAACACCAAAAAUGACACCAAAAAAAUACUAAAA